GCCUCCUUUAGGGCUGGGCUGUGCAGGUGGGUUAGUCCAUCCUGCCCCCUUUCGUUGGCGCACCAACAAAAUUCCCCACUGAUCUUUGUGAUUGUGCUGCUUCGUCUGUGACUCGUCCUGCUCCUUGCACUUCCCAGAAAAGUGUCUUCUUCACAGAGAAUGGCCGUCCAAUAUAAAGGGUUAAAGUUUCCCCCUGGAUUUAAUUCUGCAGAAAGCCUUUGCUUUGCUGAGAAUGAGUUUCAAGUGCGGGAUGAUGAUAUCUUCAACAUCACUUACCCAAAGUCUGGAACGGUGUGGAUGAUUGAGAUCCUUAGCCUGAUCCUCAAUGGUGGUAAUCCAACCUGGAAUCAAAAUGUCCCCAAUUCCUCUCGUGCUCCCUGGAUCACCUCCCAACUGGGGCUGGAGGCAGCACAAAACCUUCCAUCUCCACGUCUGCUCACCUGCCACUUACCCAUUCAGAUCUUUCCCAAAGCCUUCUUCAGCUCCAAAGCUAAGGUGAUUUACACCUUGAGGGAUCCCCGGGAUGUUGUAGUUUCCUACUAUCAUUUCUCCAAGAUGUGUCCCCCAUUUGAGGAUCCCAGAUCCUUCGACCACUUCCUGAAGAGUUUUCUGAAUGGGAACGUGUACUUUGGAUCCUGGUUUGACCACAUCUCAGGCUGGAUGAAACAGAAAGGCAAAAGCAACAUCUUCUUCAUCAGCUAUGAACAGCUGAAGCAGGACCUGCAUGGCUGUGUGGAGCGCCUCUGCCAUUUCCUGGGAAGGGAACUGGAUGGGACAGCCAUCAGCUCAGUGGUGGAAAAUGCCUCUUUUGAAGCCAUGCAGAAGAACAGAAUGUGCAACUCAACCAUGCUUCCCAAGGAGCUAAUGGACCAAGAGAAGGGCACUUUCCUAAGGAAGGGCAUCUGCGGUGACUGGAAGACUCACUUCACUGUGGCACAGUCAGAAUACUUUGACAGGGUUUACCAGGAGAAGAUGCAGGGCUUGAAAGGAAUCUACGCAUGGGAGCAAACUAUACUGGAGAGCCUUAAGUUCUGAGCUAAAAGCCACCAGCUUUCAUUAUAUCCUGUGUCCAGUCAGGAAGACUGCCUCCCUAAUCCUACAUUUGUGGGGGAUUACUUCUGUAGUCACUCGAAGAAGAGAGGAGAAGCAAUUUGUAUACCCUCAGAAUUAGGGGGCUGCGUGCAAAGGCACCUUGAGCUGCAAGACACAUGGAAGUCAAUGACACACUGUGUGAAGUCCCAAGCUGCAUCCAGGCCCAGGUACGGGCUUGGCUAUACCACUUGCACGAAAGCUAAGCUUCAGCAAACUAUGCUUCAGGCUGCUCCUGUAUGGAACGGUUUUUAAAACAGUAUUUUAAAUGUAAUCUUAAUAUUUAUAUGCAAACCACUUAUUGUACUUAGUGGUAUAUAUGUGCUACAAAUAAGAAU